AUGAAAAUACCUGUUGAGGUAGACCUUGACGAAGAUACUGAGUGGAACGAUAUUCUCCGAGCGCAUGGAGUCAUUCCUGAGAAGCCACCGUCUCCAACAGAACAAUUAGAAGAAGCAUUAGAAGAAGCCGUUAGGAAACAGCACGAGACGCGAUUAGACAACAAAGAUCUAGAGGAAUUAGACGAGCUAGAAGAUCAAGAGGAUGAGGAGUUUCUCAAUUACUACAAACAGAAACGAAUGGCAGAGCUCAAGAAGUUGGCCGAGAAGAAGAAAUUCGGACUGGUUUUACCAGUUGACAAAAAAGAGUAUAACGAGCAAGUAACGAAUGCGUCAAAGGAGACAUAUGUGAUUGUGCACUUAUCGCUCCAAUCGAGUCUACAGAGUAGAUUAUUGAGCUCGCUUAUGGUUCAAAUGGCUGCAAUAUUCCCCGAGUUGAAAUUUUGCGACAUUUCUGCACAGCGAUGCAUUGAAAAUUACCCCGAAUCAAACUGUCCAACAUUGAUAAUAUACCAUAAUGCUCAAGUUCAAAAACAAUUUAUUACGCUUACUCAACUAGGAGGAAACGCUACCACUUUGAACGACUUGGAAAAGGUGCUAGUUGACGUUGGAGCUGUAAAGGAGAGCGAUAAAAGGUUGAUAAUCAAUAAACAAGAAGAAGAAGAUGGAGGUGAUGGAGAAAAUGGUUUACAAGAUGCAAGAAGAUUACGGUUCAAAAGGAAACCGGUGAGAGAGGACACUAACACCAACACCAACACCAACAUCAAUAGCGAUGAUAUCGAUGACUUUUAUGAUUAA